AUGGAGGUGUUUGAGGAAGUGAGAAAUGCAAAGAAGAAGGUAAAGAUAAGCACAAAGCGGACGAUAAGGAAUGUGCAGAGGAAGACAAAGAGGUUGAAUACGAGGAAGACGAGGAGGAAGAACAUAAAUGCGAAACAGAUCGUAGGCGUGCCCUGGUUUGAUCCCUCCGUUGAAAGUCUUGCUCUAUUGCCUAACACAACCUAUUUUAUCCAGCAAAAUUUGGCGUUAAAGGUUCCAUUCAAAGUGAAUGAAGAAAGCCAUUUUUUACUUUGUAGUAAUCCUCACGUGAAUUUUAAUUUUAUUUACAAACAUUUAGUCAGAAGCAUUGACAAAGAAAAUACGUUAAACUUACUUCAAGCCAAACCUGAAAGUCUUCCGAACUACUCAGCUGCUGCGAGUGCAUCAGGAGCUGCAGGUGGUGCAGCUAAUGGUGGUGGUGACGGUAGCGGUGGUCCAGUUAAAGUUGGUGGUGCUGGCGCCAGUGGUGGUGAUAGCUCCCGUGGUGGUACUGGCACCGGUGGUGGUGGUGGUGGUGCUGGCUCUGGUGGUGGUGCUGGCUCCGGUGGUGGUGCUGGCACUUGUGGUGGUGCUUGCUCUGGUGGUGGUGCUGGCACUGGUGCAGCUGGAUGUGGGGGUGGUGAUGGUGAUGGUGGUGCAGCUGGUGGCUGCGGUAGUGGUGGUGGAUCUCGGUUUACCCUCCUCCUCCGUCGCUCUCUCACAUAA